AUGUCCACCCAAUCAAGCCUCCUCGACCCAUCCAUCUUCAGCUAUCUCGAAUCCAAGAUCGAAGAAGAAACCGAGGUCCGAGACGCCCUCACGCAAAUCGUGCAAAAACUCGAACGAAGCGUCGCCUCCGCCCAGGCUCUCCUCUCUCGAGUCCACUCGACUCCUCGUGCCCGCUACCCAGCCUUAGUCGAGCAGGUAGAAAAUGCCGUCAAGGACGAAGUCGCCAUCGUCAAGGAGUUGAACGAGGUUGCCUCCAAGCACCCCUACUACAAGUACAAUUCCAAAUGGGCACGAACCGUGCAAAACGCCAUUGGGACGACGCUGUACUGCGCAUGGCUAGGCGGUUUCCCGUCAGACUCGCAACCCCCCGAGCUCGGCCGCCUCCUCACGCUCGAGGACGUCGGCUCCAUCUUCUCAGUGCCGACAAAUCUCAAGGACCGCGAUGCGUUCCACUUCACUAUAGAAGAGUAUCUUCUCUCCCUCACCGACCUCACGCCCGAACUAGCCCGUUUGGCCACCAAUGCCGUCACCCUGGGCGAUUUCCAGCUGCCCAUGACCAUUAGUGCCUUUAUCAAGGAUGUCUUUGCCGGGUUUCAGCUGCUUAACCUCAAAAAUGACAUUUUGCGCAAGCGCGCAGAUGCCGUCAAGUAUGAUGUAAAGAGGGUGGAAGACGUGGUAUAUGAUUUGAGCCUGAGGGGGCUGGUUGCGAGGACCGGGGGCGAUACUGAGAUGAAGACGGAUGAAUGA